GCAGGAACGGGAGCUUCGUGACCGGUGCGUAGCUGGGAGCUUUGGCCAGCUACGGGAGAAGCUUCUGCUGAAGGCAGCGGAGAAGGGAGACGACCUGACUUUGAUGGACAUCAGGAGCGCAGCCAGGGUCUAUCAGGACGUACGGCAGCUGGGGUCGCUGGUUCAGGGUGGAGCAGGAGCGACUCAGGUUCAAGCUAUCCGCCAGGAUGCAAGUUUCCACGGGGAGGUCGCCGGCGGAGUUGCUGUACGGCCGGACUCUGAGGACCCGGCUCGAUCUUCUUCGCCCCGACCGUGCGCAGAUGGCUGUCGACUACCAGGCGCGUAUGGCGGAGACAGCUGGCGGCGAGCUGCGCGGGUUCGGCAUCGGCGAGGAUGUCUGGGCUCGCAGCUUCUCUGGACCCAAGUGGCGGAGGGGCCGUAUCGCUGCCAAGACGGGACCUGUCUCCUACGAGGUGGACGUCGGGGACACCUGCUGGAGCCGUCACGCCGAUCAGCUGGUACGUGCCGGGCAGUCUGGGCGCGGGGUGACACCGGAGGACAUCGCCGGGCCUGACCGCGCGAGGACGCCGCUGGACGCCGCCAUGGGCGGGACGCUGCCGGCGCCGGUCGCUGGGCCGUCAGCGAGCGGGUCGGCGGGGGCGACGGGUUCGGUGCCGGCGGCUGCGGUGGUGGCGCCGCCCGAGGCUGAGCGGCCGCCGCCGCCCGACUCCCCUGGGCCGGCCGGGGUGUCUGCACGUGAGACUCCGACACGUGGCACGUGCGAUGUGCGCGGCGCGGACACUGCGUCGCCGGCCGAGUGUUCGGAUGCGGUGCCGGUCUUGCGGCGCUCGUCGCGGGUGCGACGUGAGCCCGACCGCUUGGUGGUGGGUUAGUGUUUUGAUAGUCGUACUUAUGCACAUCAGUGGCUACGUUUCUGUUUGUUUUGCUUGUCGUGUUCGGUAGCUGGGCGCUUAUUUAGCAGGGGGUGGUGUUGGGUAGUGUGUGCUGCCCUCUAUACAGUGGUUAUGUCACGUGUGCCAUUUGGCGCGCUAUUCAUUCCUGCCUGUGCCGUCCUGCCGUUUGGUCGCCCAAUACAUCUCUACUCUGAA